CUGCGCGCAAGAGGCGGAGCGGAAGCCCGGCUGCCGCGCCCGGAGCGAGCGCGGGAGGGGAUGGGGCGCGGCGGCUCGCCCGGGCCCCGCCAGCUCCCGAGCCCCGAGGGCGCCCUCCUAGGCCCCCGCAGCGCCCUCUUCUUCUCUCCCGGGUCACGGGUCCCUAAGUGAGCGAGAGCCUCCCCGGCCGCCGCCCCGGCCAUGGCCAACGGAGUCAUCCCGCCGCCCGGGGGCGCCUCCCCCCUGCCCCAGGUCCGGGUGCCCUUGGAAGAGCCCCCUCUGGGUCCAGACACAGAGGAAGAGGAUGAUGACUUGGGCAAGACCUUGGCUGUGAGCAGGUUUGGGGACCUCAUCAGCAAGCCCCCGGCCUGGGACCCCGAGAAGCCCAGCCGCAGCUACAGCGAGCGGGACUUUGAGUUUCACCGGCACACAUCCCAUCACACCCACCAUCCGCUCUCUGCGCGCCUGCCUCCACCCCACAAGCUUUGGCGACCGCCCCCCACCUCUGCCCGGCACACCAGGAGGAAGAGGAAGAAGGAGAAAACCUCGGCACCCCCCUCCGAGGGGACCCCUCCCAUCCAGGAGGAGGGGGGAGGUGGGGUGGAGGAGGAGGAGGAAGAAGAGGAGGAAGGGGAGUCCGAAGCAGAACCUUCGGAGGCCCUGCCCUCUGCAUCCCCACAGAAGGCCAAGUUUUCCAUCGGAAGUGACGAGGAUGAUAGCCCUGGCCUCCUGGGAAGGGCUGCCUCUGCUAGGCCCCUGCCCUCAGUGGGUCUUCGUGCCGACAAGAGCCCCCAGCACUCGGGCAGCUCCCCCAGCCCCAGGGCCCGGGCCUCCCGAGUGGCUGGGGAGAAGAGCCGACCUUGGAGCCCAUCGGCCAGCUAUGACCUCAGGGAGCGGCUGUGCCCAGGCAGUGCCCUGGGCAGUCUGGGUGGCCCGGAGCAGCAGGUGCCCACUGAUGAGGCUGAGGCCCAGAUGCUGGGCUCUGCAGACCUGGACGACAUGAAGAGUCACCGGCUGGAGGACAACCCUGGGGUGCGGCGGCACCUUGUGAAGAAGCCGUCCAGGACGCAGGGCGGGAGGAGCAGCCCCAGUGGCCUGGCCCCCAUCCUGCGCAGGAAGAAGAAGAAGAAGAAGCUGGACCGGAGGCCACACGAGGUGUUUGUGGAGCUGAACGAGCUGAUGAUGGACCGCGGCCAGGAGCCUCACUGGCGGGAGACGGCCCGCUGGAUCAAGUUUGAGGAGGACGUGGAGGAGGAGACAGAGCGCUGGGGCAAGCCCCACGUCGCCUCACUCUCUUUCCGCAGCCUGCUAGAGCUUAGGAGGACCAUUGCCCACGGAGCCGCUCUCCUGGACCUGGAGCAGACCACCUUGCCGGGUAUUGCGCACCUAGUGGUGGAGACCAUGAUCGUGUCUGACCAGAUCCGGCCAGAAGACAGGGCCAGCAUCCUCCGUACCCUGCUGUUGAAACACAGCCACCCCAAUGAUGACAAGGACAGUGGCUUCUUUCCCCGAAACCCGUCGAGUUCCAGCGUGAACUCGGUCUUGGGGAACCAUCACCCGACACCCAGCCAUGGCCCUGACGGUGCAGUUCCCACCAUGGCUGAUGACCUUGGGGAGCCUGCCCCACUCUGGCCUCAUGACCCUGAUGCCAAGGAGAAGCCCCUCCACCUGCCUGGGGGAGACAGUCACCGGGGGAAAAGCCUGAAGCUUCUGGAGAAGAUCCCUGAAGAUGCCGAGGCCACAGUGGUGCUCGUGGGCUGUGUGCCUUUCUUGGAGCAGCCAGCGGCAGCCUUUGUGCGGCUGAGCGAGGCCGUGCUUUUGGAGUCUGUGCUGGAGGUCCCCGUGCCGGUCCGCUUCCUCUUUGUCAUGCUGGGGCCCAGCCACACCAGUACCGACUAUCAUGAGCUGGGGCGCUCCAUUGCCACUCUCAUGUCUGACAAGCUGUUCCACGAGGCGGCCUACCAGGCGGAUGACCGGCAGGACCUCCUGAGUGCCAUCAGUGAGUUCCUGGACGGCAGCAUUGUGAUCCCGCCAUCCGAGGUGGAGGGCCGUGACCUGCUGCGCUCUGUGGCCGCCUUCCAGCGCGAGCUGCUGAGGAAACGGAGGGAGCGGGAGCAGACCAAGGUGGAGAUGACCAUUCAGGGCAGCUGCGCAGCCCCCGGGAAAGAGCUGUCUGUGGAGUUGGGGGGCUCUGAGAUGAGCCCUGAAGAUGACCCCCUGCUACGGACCGGCUCAGUGUUUGGGGGGCUUGUGCGGGACGUGAAGCGCCGGUACCCCCACUACCCCAGUGACCUGCGGGACGCUCUGCACUCCCAGUGUGUGGCUGCUGUGCUCUUCAUUUACUUUGCUGCCCUCAGCCCCGCCAUCACUUUUGGGGGACUGUUAGGAGAGAAGACUGAAGGGCUGAUGGGCGUGUCCGAGCUGAUCGUGUCCACGGCUGUGCUGGGGGUGCUCUUCUCACUGCUGGGGGCCCAGCCUCUCCUCGUGGUUGGCUUCUCAGGGCCCCUGCUCGUGUUUGAAGAAGCAUUCUUCAAGUUCUGCCGAGCCCAGGACCUGGAGUACCUCACUGGCCGCGUGUGGGUUGGCCUCUGGCUGGUGGUCUUUGUUAUUGCCUUGGUGGCCGCCGAAGGCAGCUUCCUGGUCCGCUACAUCUCGCCUUUCACCCAGGAGAUCUUCGCCUUCCUCAUCUCGCUCAUUUUCAUCUAUGAGACUUUCCACAAGCUCUACAAGGUGUUCACUGAGCACCCACUGCUGCCAUUCUACCCCCCUGAGGGGACCCUGGAGAGGGUGCUGGAGGCCAGCCUGGACCUGAACUCGAGCGCCCUGCCCCCAACCGAGGGGCCGCCGGGCCCAAGGAACCAGCCCAACACGGCUCUGCUGUCCCUCAUCCUCAUGCUUGGGACCUUCCUCAUUGCCUUCUUCCUGCGGAAGUUCAGGAACAGCCGCUUCCUGGGUGGCAAGGCUCGCCGCAUCAUCGGGGACUUCGGCAUCCCCAUCUCCAUUCUGGUGAUGGUCCUGGUUGAUUACUCCAUCACAGACACCUACACGCAGAAGCUGACGGUGCCCACGGGGCUCUCCGUGACUUCUCCCCACAAGCGCACGUGGUUCAUCCCGCCCCUGGGCAGUGCCCGGCCUUUCCCGCCCUGGAUGAUGGUGGCGGCUGCUGUCCCUGCCCUCCUGGUCCUCAUCCUCAUCUUCAUGGAGACACAGAUCACUGCGCUCAUCGUCAGCCAGAAGGCCCGGAGGCUGCUCAAAGGCUCCGGCUUCCACCUGGACCUGCUUCUAAUCGGUUCCCUGGGUGGGCUCUGUGGGCUGUUUGGACUGCCCUGGCUCACAGCUGCCACCGUCCGCUCAGUCACCCACGUCAAUGCACUGACCGUGAUGCGCACUGCCAUUGCCCCCGGCGACAAGCCCCAGAUCCAGGAGGUGCGGGAGCAGCGGGUCACCGGGGUGCUCAUCGCCUGUCUCGUGGGCCUGUCCAUCGUCAUGGGGGCUGUGCUGCGCCGGAUCCCGUUGGCUGUGCUCUUUGGGAUUUUCCUGUACAUGGGGGUCACGUCACUGUCAGGGAUCCAGCUGUCCCAGCGUCUGCUGCUCAUCCUCAUGCCGGCAAAGCACCAUCCUGAGCAGCCCUAUGUGACCAAGGUGAAGACAUGGCGGAUGCACCUGUUCACCUGUAUCCAGCUGGGCUGCAUUGCAUUGCUCUGGGUGGUCAAGUCCACGGCAGCCUCUCUCGCCUUUCCCUUCCUGCUGCUGCUUACGGUGCCUCUGAGGCGGUGCCUUCUGCCCCGGCUCUUCCAGGACAGGGAACUGCAGGCGCUGGACUCGGAAGAUGCGGAACCAAACUUCGACGAGGACGGCCAGGAUGAGUACAAUGAGUUGCACAUGCCUGUCUGAGCGUCCAAGAUGGUGGCCCU